AGCCGAUAAUCAUUCACAAAAACAACCUUCGCUUGAAUUCGCAACAAACUUGGCACUCAUCUCGUGCAAAGCUGUUUGAAAUCUUCAAACCUCCAAAAAAAUGGCGCAUCCUAACUCCUCGCACAGAUCACAAUUUCCAUCGCGUCUCUCACAUCCACAAAUCCUCCGCCGCGCCACCAACAAUCGCACCAAACAAUUCACGGAUGAAUGGAGACGCGAUCCGCCAAGCGGAAGAAGCUGUGCCAGAAUCCGCCGCCGGCGGAGAUCGACGAUGAGGAUCGCAUCAGCGACCUCCCCAACGACAUCCUCCACCACGUCUUCUCCUUCCUGCCGAUCAAAUCCGCCGCGCAGAUGAGCGUGCUGUCCAAGCGCUGGAAGAAUCUCUGGUAUUCCUUCCCCGAUCUCGAUUUCACCACCGCCGGCAGCCCGCCGCACGACUCAGCCGCCGCGGCGAGCUCGAGCUUGCGGAGGCGAGUGCGGUCGCGCGUCGCGAGAUGCGGCGAGUACGCGGAUCAGAUCCUGAGCCUCAUCGAGAAGCACUCCGACGUCAGAGUCCUCCGAUUCCGAGCGUUCCUGACGUUCUCGCGGCUCUCCGGCCUGAUCCGCCACGCCGUGAAGCACAACGUGCAGGAGCUCGACAUCGAGGUCUCGACGCUCGAUUACUUCAAUUUCCCGCGCAGCGUGAUCGGGAGCAGCACGCUGCGCGCGCUGCGGCUGAAGUCGUGCCACCCUGGCUUCCGCCUGCCGCCUCUGGAGAUCAUGAAGGACGGAUUCCGAUCUCUCUCGGUGCUGUCUCUGUCGCGCCUUAUUCUCCACGAUCAGCCGCUUCUCACGAAUCUGUUCACGGAUUCAUCGUUUCCUCUGCUGAAGAAGCUGCAUCUGGAAGCGUGCUUCGAAUUGAGGCAUCUCAGAGUCGAGUCUCCCGCGCUGGAGGAUCUGAGCCUCGAGAGCUGUUUUCAGCUGCAGGAUCUGGAAAUCCGCGUCCACAAACUGAAGAAAUUGAGAGUCUGGAGCUGCUUCGAUGCGUAUAGUGUUAGCAGUCGCGUGAAGAUCGAAGCACCGAAUCUGGGGAUCAUGUUAUGGUCCUACAAUGCUGUUACUGAAGAAUGCAUUCUGCAUAACUUGACUCAUCUGCGUGAGGCUUUUGUUGGUUUCUUCCUGCUUCGAGAAGAGCUUAGUGCCGCUAAGAUCAUAAGCGUGUGGAAUUUCCUCGCUGGAAUCUCGUAUUGCCACUCUCUCACUCUCGAAAGCCAGUGCAUCGAGAUUCUAUCGAAACACAGUCACAUCGCAGGAUUAUCAUUGUGUUCAUUCAACAAACUGAAGUCCUUGGAGUUCAGCACCGGCUUCAACAAGCACAACAACUCUGGAUUGGCAAGCAUAUUCAGAAACUCUCCCAACAUUCACACCAUAACCAUCACGAUCCUCGGCGAUUACAACGCCCAACGACGACAAUGGAACAAGGAUCUGUGGCAGUCCCCGAGCUCAGGCGAGGAGCGAUACUGGGAGUCGCAAACUCAGUCGCUGAGCUCCUUUCUCCAUCACCUGAAGGUGGUGAAGAUCCAUGGAUUCACAGAAUGUGCAAACGAGGUAAGCCUUGUGAAGUUCUUGCUCAAGCAUGGGAAAGUGCUGCAAGAUGUGUUUCUUUGCACUAGUCUGUCCAAGGCCAGAGAUUCCCUUCUGAGAGAGAAGAUCAAAUCACAGAUUAUGGGAUUUUCUAGGGCUUCUUCCAAUGCUAACAUCGUGUUUCAGUAGUCCUUGAUUUGAUCAUAAAAUUCAAUUUUUUCAGUAGUCCUUGAUUUUAAUUUUAUUUUAUUUUGUUGAACAAAUAAAUUUUUAAAAACCAUGUUACAGUGGACUCGAAUCUAAGACA